UAUUAUCGAAAAGAUGAUGCUAUAUACUAUAUAGUACUAUGUUUAUUUUUUCUAAAAAAAAAAUAAUAAUACAAUUAUUAAAUGUGUUUAGUAUAAAUUAUUUUUGGCCACCAAUAUUAUCCUCUUAAGUAUUUAAAUGGUUUCCCGGUAAAAUCUCACAGCUACCAUUUAAAUGAAGAGGAUUAAAUUGGUGGUCAAAAUAAGUAAUACUUACAAACAAAAUGACAGAACACCUUGCAAAAACAUCAGUGAUUCAAAAUGAAUCGUUUCAAAAUCCAAUUGAGUCCAGGCAUAUUGAAAUGGAUAAAAUUGAAGUGGAAACUAUCUUUCCAGUAGAAUAUAUAUGUUAUAAAUGUAAGGCAGUAUACUACAAACGUACACACAUAGAAAGACAUUUAAAAUUAUCUUGUUGCUCAGAGAAAUGUAUAGUUACUGAUAAAGUAGUUCCUAUUAUUAAGAAAUUACCCGGUUUGUCAAAAAAUGAAUCUUAUUUUAAAUAUAAACAUCACCAGUGUGAACUGUGUUCAAAAUCUUUUACAAACAAGACAAAAUUAAUCCAACAUAUACAGACACAUAGUGGGGUAAAACCAUUUCGUUGUGAAACUUGCUAUAGAGGUUUUUCUAAUUUUUACAGCUUGAAAAAUCAUGUAAAAACUCAUACUGGCAUAAAACCUUAUAGAUGUGACAUUUGUCAUAAAGCUUUUUCUCAUUCACAUAUUUUAAUAAAUCAUAAAAGAACUCAUACCGGAGAGAAACCAUUUAAAUGUGAGUUUUGUCAAAAAGUUUUUGCAACAUCUGGAACGUUAGUGGCACACAUACGUACACAUACAGGUGAACAGCCAUAUAAAUGUGAUGUAUGUCAAAAAAUGUUUACCCUAUCAAGCAGUUUAAAUUCACACAAGAGAACGCAUACAGGUGAAAAACCUCAUAAAUGUAUUUUUUGUUCAAAAGCAUUUGUGAAGAGUGGUGACUUAGAGCGGCAUUUGCGAACUCAUACAGGUGUAAAACCGUUUCAUUGCGAUAUGUGUGAUAAAUCUUUUACACAGUCSUCUGGGUUGAUCAUACACAAAAGAAAACACACAGGUGAAAGACCAUUUGCAUGUGAUACGUGCGAACGAUCGUUUACUAACUCGGCUAGUUUAAUUGCACAUAAGCGAACUCAUACAGGAGAAAUACCUCAUAUGCCUCUACAUGUCCUAAAUGCACAACAGAUUUCAAAUACUCAAAACACCAUGCAGAAAAAUAUUUUUUCAGAAAUACCUACAACGUCUACGACAGGUUUAUGGGAGACAAGUGUUCCAACACCUUCAGUUGGAGAUUUUAGUUACAGUUGGUCAAAUUGGUUUCAAAGUGAAAYGGAUCCUAAUAGCACUAAAGAUCCAAUUCAAAGUAAUAAUGAACUUACAGUACCAUUUAUUCAGCCUGUGUUUAAUGGAAGAGAAAAUAUUGGUAUUAUGAAUACAAUAAACAGUGUAAGUAUUUCAUCGGACAAUAAUGUUGUUCCUAUCAAAAGACCCGAAGGUCGGUGGUUAGACUGUGAUGUAUGUCAUAAGACUUUUCCUUAUUCAUCUAGGCAUAAGCUGAUUGAACACAAACGUACACAUACACGUGAAAAACCAUUUAAAUGCUAUAUAUGUCAAAAAUCAUUUUCGUUGUCUAGUACCUUGAUCGUGCAUAAAAGAAUGCAUACUGGAGAAAGGCCAUUCAAAUGCGACGUAUGCCCAAAAGCAUUUGCUCAAAAAUCUAAGCUAAACAUACACAAAAGGAUUCAUACCGGUGUUAAACCAUUUCAUUGUGAUUUAUGUCAAAAAACGUUUGCUCAUUCGUCUAAUCUAGCAGACCAUAAGAAAACUCACACUCAAGAAAGGCCAUAUAAAUGUGAUAUUUGCUAUAAAUCGUUCACUCUAGCAAACAGUUUACGGAAACAUAAAAUAUUACACACAGGUUACAAACCAUAUGUAUGUGAAAUAUGCCAAAAAGCGUUUGCCAAAAAAGGUAGUUUGGAACGUCACAAGGGUACACACGCUGGUGUACCGCAAUGGACUAAACCAUUUACAAAUGGUGCAAAAGAAAAGCUAAUGAAUAACACMGAUAAGCCUUUUAAAUGCCAUAUUUGUUUCAAAUCGUUCGCUAGUAUAAACGGAAUGACUAGACAUACGGCUAAACAUAAUGGAGAAAAUCAGUUUCAGUGUGAAAUUUGUAACAAGAUUUUUACAGGUUUAUCUGUACUAGCUAGACACAAACGAAUACAUACGGGAGAAAAACCAUUUCAGUGCGACUAUUGCCACAAGGCGUUUGCUUAUUCAUCAAUACUAGUAUCUCACCGACGCACUCACACCGGGGAGAAACCUUACCAGUGUGAUAUUUGUCCCAAAGCGUACACUCAAUCCUCUAGUUUAAUAGUUCAUAAGCGAACCCAUUGGAACCACCAUCAACAACCAAUUAACUCGAUCGAACAUCCAACAACUGUACCACUAGCUCAACCAAGGACAACAAAUCAUUACGGAUUGCCAAAUGCAUCUGAGGCAGACGACUACACUGACAAUUGGUCGAGCUGGUAUCCUAGCGAGCCUGAUAUACCUCUUGUCACRAAUGAACUGCCUACCGAAGAGUCAUCCAUACCAAACACUGUGUGUGCCCACUUACCAGUACAAACCGCACUCAACGGCCUAAAUGAGAAAAUAGACGUUAUCAUGUUGCCGCAGAAGUUCAAGUGUGCCAAGUGUAAAGAAGCUUAUGACGAAAGUUCUAUGUUAUUGAAACACAUCAGGGAAGUGCACAGACUUGGCACAGUCAAAGUGAAAAAUACGUCMUCUGUAAAAGUCRACGACGUGGUCAAGCAGAAAAAGAAACGUGGCGAACGUCAACAAUUGGAAUGCGACAUUUGCCAGCGGCCGUUCAAUGACUCGUACAAACUAAAAGUGCACCGGCGCACACACACCCGGGAGAAGCCGUUCAAAUGCGACACGUGUGACAAGUCGUUCAUCGACUCUUGCAACCUGAAGGAACAUCAAAAGGUGCACACCGGUGAGAAGCUGUUCGAAUGCGAUAUAUGCCAGAAAACUUUUUUGCAGCUGGGCACGUUGACCACGCACCGGCGCACGCACACCGGCGAGAAACCGUACAGCUGUGACGUGUGCCACAUGACUUUCGCGUUGCUGAGCAGCAUGAAGACGCACAAGCGGCGCGCACACACCGGCGAGAAGCCGCACAAGUGCGAUUUCUGCCAGAAGGCAUUCGUCAAGCGCAACGACAUGGUUCGGCACCGGAGAACGCACACGGGCGAACGGCCGUUCGUGUGCGACAUUUGCCAUCAGUCGUUCACCCAGUCGUACGUGCUGGUACUGCACAAGAGAAACCACCAUUCGGGCGGCGGGACCGGCCAAGUCGCGCCGACGACAACGAACAAGCGACCAGCCGCACCGCCCAGAGACAAACCGUUCAUGUGCGGAGUGUGCCAUAAGUCCUUCGGCAGCCAGUCGACGUUGAACACGCACAACCGGACGCAUACGGGCGAAAAACCGUUCCACUGCGACGAGUGUGGCAAGUCGUUUACGCAGUCGUCCGGUCUAGUCGCCCAUCGGGCCGCCCACCACGCAGCGAACAUGCCACUGUUCAUAGACGCGAACGCGCUCGACACCAGCCAAAAUAGACUUCAGUUCGCCGCGGCCACGGACGUACACAGAAUACCUCAGUACGCCGGUGACAGGCCGUGCGAGUGUGCYGUGUGCCAGUCCUCGUUUGGCCACCCUUUUCCCGCCCUGAACCAGCACUUUGACCAUCCCGUCGCAGUCGCUGUAGUGAUGUCCAACAGCAACAUGUAUUACGGUUAAGAUUGAAGACUCAUCUCACACACGCCGGUCCGGUCUUAGCGAUAUGUCAGCUAUAAGUUUCGACCUGUUCGAUCGGCUUGUUUGAAGUUAAACUGGUCGCCAAGAACGUGUGAAUGGAUCUUAGAGUGUCGAGGUCGACUAAAUGACAAAAAGAAAAUUAUAAUAGUUUAGAUAAUUAUUUGGGGUGAAAAUGUAAGCAAUAAAAUGUCUAUAGAUAUUUGGCAACUGAAGUGGCCACCAUGUAUGCGUGUGUAUACAAUAUUCGAUAACUAGAUUUUUCAAUAUUUUAUUAUUUAUUAAAAAAAAUAAGAAGACCAUAGGCGUGUCCAGACCUCAUUCGCAGGUCAUGCACAACAGUGGCAUAUCUAGGGGAUGGGGAAACUGCCAAUCCUCCUCCCCCCUUAAAAAAAAAAAUAAAAAAAUAGGGGAUAUGACCCUGAAUCAUAAAUAUGACGAAAAACAAAAAACUUAAUAUGAAAUUAGAAAUUGAGAAAAAAAGGUUCAUAUUAUGCAUCAAAAUGUGCAAUGUAAGUUAGAUCAAAUUUACAGGUCAUGUCUGUGCAUGGCAGGCAUGACCCGUGGGGCCGUGGACACUCUUAUGAAGAAGACUAAAUUAAAUAUUUACUUCGACUGCUGUGCCAAGUUAGUAGGCACUAGGUUUGAAAAAUUAAUUUCUGAAAACCAUUUUCAAAACUAAUAUUGAACCUUGGUGAAGUUUAGAAUGAGUUAUUUYCGACCAAUACCUACUGAAACGCCGUUGUAGWGCAUUUUAGAAACGAAGAUUUUAUAUUUUUAAAACUGAAUGUCUUCUUCCUUCAAGUUGUUCACCAUUUCUUAUUUAUAUAUUUAUUUUAGAUAUACAUUUUUAUACAUGUUAUUAUUUUAUCUUAUACUAAUAUACAUAUCUAUGAGGCAGUGACGCAACUGGGGGGGGGGCUUAGCCUCCUCACAAAUAUCUUCUUUUUGUUCAGAAUCUAAAAUUUGUUUUGAUUGUAUGUAGGGGGAUGGGAUGGUCUCCUAUGGGAUAUUUUAAGUUCAUAGUUUUGUUAGGCGGGCUGUAUCCUCCCCCUAGAUUUGUAACCCUAGUUGCGCCUAUGCUAUGAGGUAAUAUAUGUACUUGUAAGUUGUAAUAUAUACAUUGUCAUUUGUCCAUUGUUCACUAUACACAGUAUGUAUUUAAAAUAUUUUAUACAAAAAUAUAUAAUAUAUUUAUAUA